AUGUGUGUGUAAGUGUGUGUUGGUAACUAGGGUUCUUUUGCAAUUGGCAUUGCUCGGUGUGGUAUUUAUGGUUUUGAGCUUUUACUUAAUGCGCAAGGAAGUGUGCGGGUGCAUUUAUGCUCUUUACCAUGUGCGGUUGUCAGAUAGAGCUGAAAUUUAGUGUUCUAUGGGGAAUGUUAUUCCGGUUUUUAAUCUGGGAACAUCAGUGAGAAACUUGAAAAUGACUAUGUUGAAGUGCAAAGUUCCGGAAAGGCUAGUAUGAGUUUCGAAUUGUAGCACUUUAAGGUUUCAUCUAAUGUGUAGAAACUCUGUAAUCAGAGAUAGGUUUGAAUUUUGUAUGCCUUAUUUUACGUUUUGUUGAAAAGAUGAUAUAGCUUAUUAUAAAAGAAUGGGAUGGUAUGACUCUAGAGUAGUUAAUGGUCUAAUAACCGAGUUUAAAUUUGCAUUGAUGAACAAAUAUUUGGCAGUAAUCUUCCUGAAAUUUGUAUUGUCUGUGUCUAUACACGAUCAUGUAGUGACUAAAUUUCUCCUUGGAGGUCUGCAUAGCUUUCUUCUGUUCUUAGUCCCAUUGAAUAUACAAAUUUAUCUCCACUGUAUGGUGAACAUGCUGGGAAGUAUUAUCUAUCAACGGGAUAAUGCUGAAAUUACGCAAAGAAUCAGCCCCCAUUAAUCCUCUAAAAUCAUCAAUGGUUUGCUGUUUGAAUUUUGAACUUUUUGGCCCUUCUCAAAAUUGAUUGUAGUUGUUUGGAACUUGAAGAAUGCUAUUUUGGCAUUAGGUCUAUUCUCUUUAGAACUCACUUGAAGCUGGAGGUGGUGGUGCAGUUUUGGUUAGGGGGCAGGGUGCCGUUUGCUCUUUACUGUCUUCCAAGUAUUCCAUGUGUUGAUUCAUUGCAAACUGUUUUCGGCAGUGAAAAUUGGUUUGAUGUCGUUCGUAUGACAGUCUUAAAUUAUUUGUUGUUCAUGUAAUAUCAGUGUAUUAUGUAAUCUGUGUGAUUGACGUUUAAGCAUCAUACACAGUUUGAAGGAAAAAAAUAUUUCGUUAGUUUUGCAACCGAACAAACUUAAGGGACUGUCCAAGAUGAAUAAUGAGAUCAAGGGUUGUCCUUCUCUGUUAGAAAUAACUUCUGAGGUUCCAGGAGUUGAAAGUCUUAAAAAUUUGUUGCUGCUUAGCAUAUCAUCUGGUUAUACAAAAUGGAAAGGAAGAGAAUGUGAGAAAAGUGGUUACAAACCCUUGUUUUCCAAGGGCUUUUCGUUUCGUACCUGGCAGUUAUGGCUAUGUAAAAUACAAAAAAUACAAAAAAUGACUGCCAGAGUUGGCAAACCAUGCUGCACUCAGUUAAUUGCUUACAGUAGUGGCACUAAUGCAAAUCAUUGGAUUGCGGUUGUGGCAUCCUGCCCCCUCCAAUGGUCAUCACAUUUCUUGUGGCCAAAAUUGUGGAAAUCAUGCUGCAUUUCAAAUCUACAGCCUGUGUUGACUGUUCCAUCGUCUUGGUUGUGUUUGUUGCUGGUGGGCCAGAGAAGCACAAUGAAUUUACAACCCUAACUCUAAAUGAAAUCAUAAUGUUUUUUUUUUCUCUCUUUUAUUUGGAUUUGGACUGUUAGUUUAAGCAUUGGUGUUUGGACGGUUAGUUUUGCCUAUUGGACCCUUAUUCAUAUUCAAGUUGUAUAUUUUAAUCAAAUUUGAAUCAAUGUUUUAGAAAUUAAAAUAAAACGCUCUUAGUUAUUGAUAGUGAAUUUGUGCUGUUGUAUGUUUUAUGUUUGUGUAGAUAAAUGUUAUUGGGAAUCUUACAAUUUGAUUUGCAAUUCAGAAAAUGUGCAUUACUUCAUGAUUUGCAUCUUGAUUCAACUACCAUGAAUGUGAAUAGUGGAAGGAGGAAUCCAAUUUCAGUACAAUUAUUACUAUUUACUACUACUACUACUACUACUACUACUACUACUACUACUACAGCUAACAAAAGCUUUUAGCCACUAUAUGGAUUUAAUGUGGUAGAACCAUGGAAGGAAAGUAGAGGGGAUGAUCCAUUCUUGACACCUUGGUCCCUGUGAAAUUAGACACACUGAGGGGAAAACGAACAGAUUAUAAUUUGACUUUGUGAACGUACAAUUUUUAUGUGCUUAAAAUCAAACAAAGUAAAAUGUGGUUGAACCAUGGAAAGAAAGUAGAGGGGAUGGUCCCUUCAUAGGACCCAUUUGACAUUGAUUAUUCAGUUCCUAUGAAAUUGGACAGAAAAAGUAGAAAACAAGCAGAUUAUUAUUUGGAUUUGUGACCACUCGAUUUUUAUGUGCAUAAAAUUGAGCAAAGUAAAAAGAAGAAACACAUUCAGUCAAUUCUUUUACUUAAGAUAAAUAAAAGAGACUAUAUAUUUGAGAGAGCUUGACCACACCUCUCUUAUGUUCAUAUAUUUAUGAUGAUAGAAUUCUGAUACAAUGAGUAGAGAGAAGAGCAAAAUUCAAAAUAGAAAUAGGUAUAGAAAUAGUUACAACUCAUGGUACAACAUCUAGCAGUUUUACAAUACAACUACUUAUGACCUAUAUUUAAUACCUAUUAAAAAACUUUUAUUCAAUUAUUUUUUUAUGGUACAAAUUGCAUAUUAACUAAAUGAUUUCUGUUCUUUUCAUUCUUUUCUCUUAGUUAGGUUCUACUACUUGUUCAUUGUUGUUCCUUGUCCUUGUAGCUGUCCAGACAGACUCUAUUAUUUUAUAUGCUGCUUCUUGCAACAUUUUGUUUUGUUGAAGAUAAAUUUGUAUUUGUUUCAGUUUCUGUUUGUUGUUUAUGCAUAAAAUAUCCCUUGUGAUGAAUCAGCAUUGUUAAAUAGCU